UUUAACGACCCCAUUCCUUCAUAGAUGCCGAACGUGUGAAGGUGCGUCUGCCAGGAGCGGAGGAGCGCUGUGUGAAUUAACACACCACACCGCCUCAUGUGUCGGUUUCCUGUAUCUUGUUGAAUUUGAUUCGUGACUCUGAGUCGGGGUUUACCCCGCCGAAGCGAACAAAAAGAAAAAAAAGAAAAAAACCAUGCCGGUCCGUACUGAGAGCUGUCCCUUUUCAGCAGCGGCCUGCGUGUCCUCGGCCUCUCUCAUUCCGCCGCCCCCGAUCAACACGCAGCAGCCCGGCGUGGCCACCUCGCUCCUGUACAGCGGCUCGCAGUUCCGCGGCCACCAGAAGAGCAAAGGCAACUCUUACGACGUCGAAGUGGUUCUUCAGCAUGUAACGAUGGAGGACUCGUACCUGUGCGGAUAUCUCAAGAUCAAGGGGCUGACUGAGGAAUAUCCCACCCUGACUACUUUCUUUGCUGGGGAGAUCAUCAGUCAGAAACGUCCCUUUCUAACCAGGAAGUGGGACGCAGAUGAGGAUGUUGAUCGCAAGCACUGGGGCAAGUUUCAGGCGUUUUAUCAGUAUGCAAAAAGCUUUAACUCGGACGACUUUGACUACGAAGAACUCAAGAACAGUGACUUCGUCUUCAUGCGAUGGAAGGAGCAGUUUCUUGUCCCAGACCACACAAUCAAAGACAUCAGUGGAGCUUCCUUUGCUGGUUUCUACUACAUCUGCUUCCAGAAGUCCACAGCCACCAUUGAGGGUUUCUACUACCACAGAAGCUCUGAAUGGUACCAGUCGCUAAACCUCACUCAUGUUCCUGAACACAGCGCGCCCAUCUACGAGUUCCGGUGACAUUAAAGCCCUCUCAUGGCUGGAAGAGGGUGAAACUUUGGACAGAAAUAAAUUUAAAAACACUGGUCUCAAGGAAAUGAUGCAGAACUGCCUAAUCAUGCCAAGUACUCGGUCAUUUUCUCUCACAACAGAGUGGAUGACAAAGACGGACAUGCGGAUGAAAGAGGUCUUCACAGGCCACAAGCGGAUCAUUGUGAUGGAUUGUAGGAUUUACAACAGCGUUUUUUGUUUUGGGUGUUUUGUUUUGGUUUUCCCCCCAUCAUUGCUUUCAUUUUGCCUCCAGAUUUUUAAAACCUCCUUCUGUCGUUCUGCCAUCUUAAUUAUUUUAAAUUUUUAGCCUGUGUUUGAGAUUAAAGUUCCUCUUAUUUUUCUUUUCCACAGAGAACUUAACCAUUUUAUUUUUUUUUUCGCCAGGUCAACUGGAUUGUUAAGCCAGACAAAUAUAGAUUCUUAUACGCACGUAGCCAAAUUCUUUAAAAAUCAGACUGUAUGAAAGUAGUGGGACGUCUUUGAGAGAGAUGAUGUUUAAGGUGGACGUAAUUACGACACCCUUGAGUAACUUGGGCAUCGGAGUCUGUGUUUUCUGAGGUGCGAAGAACAUAAGUGUCUCCACGGAUCAGAAUGGAGUGGUCCUUUUGCUUCUUAGAGAGAUCGAAUAUAAUUCUAUAUUUUCUAAUGAAUCUGAUUCAGAUGUUUUGGAAAAAGGUAUUUUAUAUCCCACAGUGCUAGUCAUAAGCUGCUUAGCGUGAGCUGUUUUUUUUUUUUUUUUUUUUUUUUUUUGUCAGGGAUGGGCAGCUUUCGGAAAAGCUAACUGACAAUAUUUUCUCCAUUUUGCUAUGCAACAUAAAAAUUUUAGCUCACCAACAUUUCCCACAUAUUAUUUACAGUACCACAGGUAGCAUUUUCCGCAUAACUAAUCACAACCAAAUGAGUAUUGAUUGGUAAGCACUUUGAUGAUCAUUGGCAUAUCCGUUUGGAUGGAUGGGAUGUUUUAUAAUCCUGAAUGGGUGACGAUUUCCGAUGUUUGGAGUUAAAGCUGAAAAGCGUUAACGUGAAAACAGGUGGGAACAGCCUGAUGGCAAACUAAGGAAAGUUUCCUCUUCAGGCCAGGGGUUUUCUGGAAAGACAAAUGUAAUGUUACUAGCUGUCUAUAAGAUAAUUUGUUCUGUUAUUCGAGCACAUGAAACACACACACACAAAAAGAGUUAAAAAUAACUUCAAAGAAAUUUGAAGUGGUGAAAGAAAGUGUGAACAGAAACGUUUGUGUAAUAAGAACUAAAUACCUGUUGCAGAAAACUACAGCUCAGUUCUCUUAAGCUUUAGUCAAACCCUUUGCCUUAAACGUCAACUGUUUGUAUAUAGUGGUUUUAUAAGUGUAGGAAAGAUUUUGGACAGUAAGACUGUUUCAGAUGGGGAAUAUUUGUAAGUUUGCAGGUAUGAAGGACGGUAGACCGUCAUGAGAUAGCAGAUGUGAUGCGUCGUCAGCCAGAACAACCUCCAGACUUAUUUGCAGGACAUAAAUACUAAUUGAUUAUAGUACAAACAUGAACACAUUGUUACCAGGCUUUUGUUUGGUGUUGGAUUGUGUAAAUAGGUCAAGUGGCAAUUGCUGAGAAAAAUCUAUUUGCACACUGUCACAAUAAUCUGUGAUCAGUCAUGCUCUCAACACUCUACAUGCCCCACUUGUGUUUGAAGUGCUAUUUUUUUAUUUUUUAUUUUUAUUUUUUUCUUUCUUUCUUUUUUUUUUUUUAUUUUGAACAGAGAAGCAUCUGAGAUCUGAGCAGAAUAAACAGUAGAUCUUGGCUUGUAUACAUUUAUCACAGUUUUAUAUUAAGGCACCACUUCCCUCUCUUUCCUGUAACUAUAUUCCUUCAGAUACAGAAAAUGCACACUUAUUCAUAAUCAGCGCACUGAGAUCACUGUAUCACUCAUAACCUUCUGAUGGAGCUUCUGCUGGAGAGAGCUGCAGGUGAUGGACUACAAGCGUUUUAAGAUUGUUUUAUAAAAUGAUACAUGCAGGAGGGUCAAGUGAAAUGUUGACCCAAGAGUGGUGUACAUAAUAAAGUUUGUGAUGUAAAUGACUCGA